CAACUCCUCCUCCUCCUCCCACCAGCAGCAGAAUUCAAGACUUCAGUACCUGUUUGAGAGCGCCUCCAGUAACCUCGACAGUUUUCAACAUCCACGUCUAGGCCUUUUCUGUACAAACCACAAAGCAUUCUCACACCCCAGACACAAAAGACCCAGAUCAUGACGAACCCCCACGACCACACCGCCAUCAAGAAUACAAUAUCACUCUACUGCAUAGCCCUAGACAACAAAGACUGGGAACUUCUCAAACGUGUCUUUGUACCCGAUUUAAUAGCGACCUACCCCUUCAACUCGACCCCAAUCCACGGUCUCGAAGUCUUGAGCAAACGUAUCCGGCAACGAUUGGCAACAGUGACCACUCAACAUGCACUCACUACGCAACACCUCCUUGUUAGCAACAAGACGGCGAAAGUUACGACUUAUUUCACAGGUGUGCAUUUUGGAAGGGGCAAGUGGGUGGGGAAAUGUGUGACCGCGUAUGGAAAAUAUAUCGAUGAGUUGGUUUGUGUGGAUGGGGGAGAGGUGGAACUAGAGGAGGGAGCGACGGGGGCCUGGAGGAUUAUAGAGAGGAAGGGGCGUGAUUGUGGGGGUUGGUUAUUGAAUAUCUUAGCGAGGUCUGCACAAGCGAAUUCAUCAUGGCUGUUGUUUUCGCUGUUGUAUGCCUUCCGUCGAGGUGGUUGUGUAUCGAGUGGACCUGGACCUUGCGACACUGACUCGAAAAAUCUCGCGAGGACCGAGCAUGAUGACUGAAUUACUAGUCAACGUGUUCGAGAUCAGUCACAGCUUUUCAAACGACCUGCGCCACCCCGAAUCAUUAGACGUGAUGGAUCUGGAUUACAAAGGAACGUAUCCGCCCCCUUCGUUACUUGUCUACGCUGGAAGUCACACGAAUCAUGACUAGUGCAAUCGAAGUCGCCGUGUAAAGAUAUGGUACAAUACACAC